AUGGAGUCUCCUCAAUCUGUCGUUUCACCAUUCAAGAGCUCCUGUGUGUUUUCUGAACCUGAAAAACAGAAUCUGGAUCUUUUCCCAAAACACUCGACUUACGUAACCAAAAAACCCGAACCCGAACCCUUUAUUGGUGUUCUGGAUGUUCACAUUCAUCAAGCUAGAGACAUUCAGAACAUCUGCAUAUACCAUAAACAAGACGUUUAUGCAAAAAUCUGCAUCACUUGUAAUCCCGAAAAAUCAGUCACUACUCAGACCAUCAAUGGAGGAGGAAAAAAUCCAGUCUUUAACGAAACCCUUCGGAUUAACGUUCCGACGAUUGAAUCUUCUCUGAAGUGCGAGAUAUAUAUGCUAAGCAGGGUGAGAAAUUAUCUUGAAGAUCAGUUGCUAGGUUUUGCAUUGAUCCCUUUAUCCGAAGUCCUCAUCAAAAACGGAAAAUUGGAAAACGAGUUCACUUUAUCUUCCACCGAUCUCUUCCACUCGCCUUCCGGUUUCGUUCACUUGUCGUUAUCAUACACCGGAGCUUCACCGGACGUGAUCGCCAUCCCGCCGCCACUUCCCGCGAAGGGAGCCGCCGACGACUCAGAAUUAACCGAGUUCGACAAAAUCGAGUUCCCAGAUCCCAAAAUCGCAAACGAAAACCACAUGAUGGUGUCCGAGUAUUUCGGUCUUAGCUCAGAGAGUUUGGUCUCAUCCGACACUGAUGAUCAAUUUGAUGCACCGAUUAAAACCCAAAAACCUGAUUCACCCCCUUCUAGCGUUUCAACCAACGGUUCCCACUGUGCUUCUACUCACGUUCUAAGCCCCGAAUCAUCUGAUGACUCUUCUAGAGACUCGAAAUGUGCAAAACAAGAAUACGAUUCACAUCUAAAGGAAAAACCGGCGGCAGGUGGUGGUGGUGCCGACAGUGAUUCAGCAAGCGGCGGGGAUCCGAUAAAGAAGCCGGUGAUGGCGGUGAACUUUGAGCUGGAGCAGAAAGUGGUGCAACAGGAUUUCGUGGAUUUGUAUAUGAAGAGUAUGCAGCAGUUUACAGAGUCGUUGGCUAAGAUGAAGCUUCCAUUGGAUGUGGAAAAGGAGCGUACGGAUUCUGGGAAUUCAGGAUCGGAGGAGAAGAUACAGACACCGAACAGCACACAGUCACGCGUGUUCUAUGGGAGUCGAGCUUUCUUCUAA